AUGUCCACAGAAAACUGGAAAGAGAGUCUUAAUAUACCAACGAAAGAUCUUCGUCCGCAGACGGACGACAUCGUAGGCUCCAAAGAUGAAACUUUUGAGAGCUUCAAUCUAAAAAGAGAGCUUUUGAUGGGGCUUUUUGAAGCAGGUUUCGAAAAGCCAUCUCCUAUUCAAGAAGAGGCCAUUCCUGUAGCCCUAAUGGGUAGAGACAUUCUUGCUAGAGCCAAAAAUGGUACAGGUAAAACUGCAGCAUUUAUUAUCCCAACUCUAGAAAAGAUAAAACCAAAAGUCGACAAAAUUCAGGCCUUGAUUUUGGUUCCAACAAGAGAAUUGGCCCUACAAACUGCCCACGUUGUCAAAACUUUUUCAAGACAUAUGGGACUACAAGUCAUGGUGACAACCGGUGGUACUUCAUUGAAAGAUGAUAUUGUGAGAUUAUACGAUCCUGUCCAUAUUUUGGUCGGUUCCCCAGGUAGAGUUUUAGACUUGGCAUCUAGAAAUAUUGCAAAGCUAGACUCCUGUCAGAUGUUUGUGAUGGACGAAGCAGAUAAAAUGUUAUCACCAGAGUUCCAAAAUAUAGUUGAACAGAUCUUGGAGUUCUUGCCACAAUCACAACCUGGUAGACCAAAUAACUACCAGUCUCUAUUGUUUUCUGCUACUUUCCCGCGUACGGUGAAGACUUUCAUGGAUAGGCACCUCUAUAAACCUUAUGAAAUCAACUUGAUGGAUGAAUUAACUUUGAAGGGUAUAACUCAAUAUUACGCCUUCGUUGAUGAAAAGCAAAAAUUACAUUGUUUAAAUACCUUAUUUUCCAAAUUACAGAUCAAUCAAGCAAUUAUUUUCUGUAACUCAGCCAAUAGAGUUGAAUUGCUAGCCAAAAAAAUUACGGACUUAGAUUACUCAUGUUAUUAUUCUCACUCCAAAAUGAAACAAGCCGACAGAAAUAAGGUUUUCCAUGAAUUCAGACAAGGUAGAGUUAGAAACUUGGUGUGUACUGAUUUGCUUACAAGAGGUAUAGAUAUCCAGGCUGUCAAUGUGGUUAUCAACUUCGAUUUCCCAAAAACAGCAGAAACUUAUCUUCACAGAAUCGGUAGAUCCGGUAGAUUUGGUCACUAUGGUCUAGCGAUCAACUUGAUCAACUGGAACGACAGGUUCAACUUAUACCAAAUUGAACAGGAAUUGGGAACAGAAAUCAAGCCAAUCCCACCUAAAAUUGAUGAAUCCUUAUACGUUGUUAACGAACCUUCUGCCGUUCCAAGACCUUUCAAAGCAGAUGAUAGAAAUAACAAUAAUAAUCAAGAAGCCUUUCAACAACAGCAACAAAUUCAAGGACAAUAA